GAGGAAAAGAUCUUCGCGCGUCUCCAUCUCCUCACCUGGAGCCAGAGCCAGAGGCCGAGGCGACGCCGAGCUUAGCCUGAGCUGAGCUCCCUUGCGUGCUCGGCCGGCGCACCACGCAGCAGUCAGCACGUGGUCGUCCUAGCUAGGCCGGCGAGCGAGCGAGCGAGCAAGAAUAUCUGGGCAGGCGCGGUGCGCGCCGACGAGCGAGACGGGAGGCGAUGAUGCUGCACCUGCUGCCGCUCUCCCUCUCCCUCCGGGGCCCCGGCUCGCCGCCGGCCCCGCGCUCGCGCCGGUUCCUCGACCCCGGCGGCGGCGGUGGCUGCGGAUGCGGAUGCGGCGGCCUGCCGUACCGGGGAGUUGGGGGUGGGCUAUGCGUCGUUAGGAUGCUCCGGAGGCGGGCGCUCCGAGGGACCGACGUCCGGUCGGACACCUCGCCGCGGAAGGGCCCGGGAGAUGCGCGACACGGCGGAGGGGCGGGGCACGGGGGGUACGGCGACGACGGCGAGGCCGGGGCGCUUCUGGCGUCGGUGAGGAGGCUGCUGCUCUCCGGGUCGGCGCAGGCAGCAGACGCCGCGGCGGCGGCGGAGGAGGAAGAGGAGCAGGGACAGUUCCCCAAGCGCUGGGCCAUCGUCUUCCUCUGCUUCUCCGCAUUCCUCCUCUGCAACAUGGACCGCGUAAACAUGAGCAUUGCUAUUUUGCCCAUGUCCGCAGAAUUCGGCUGGAACCCGCAGACUGUUGGUCUCAUUCAGUCCUCUUUCUUCUGGGGCUACCUGCUAACUCAGAUAGCAGGAGGAAUAUGGGCAGAUACAGUUGGAGGGAAGACUGUUCUUGGGUUCGGUGUUGUUUGGUGGUCAAUAGCCACAGCUCUUACUCCGGUUGCGGCGAAGUUGGGGUUGCCGUUCCUCCUUGUGACGCGCGCUUUCAUGGGAAUUGGUGAGGGAGUUGCCAUGCCGGCAAUGAAUAAUAUCCUUUCGAAAUGGGUUCCUGUAUCAGAGAGAAGCAGAUCAUUGGCUCUUGUAUAUAGUGGAAUGUACCUUGGAUCAGUGACAGGACUAGCGUUUUCCCCACUGCUGAUACAUAACCUUGGUUGGCCAUCGGUCUUCUACUCCUUUGGGUCUCUGGGGGUAGUCUGGUUUACAACAUGGGCAAGAAAGGCGUAUAGUAGUCCACUUGAGGAUCCUGGAAUUAGUGCUAAAGAGAAGAAGCUUAUAACCAGUCAAAGCACAGGAGGAGAGCCUGUUAAAGAAAUUCCAUGGGGACUAAUAUUAUCAAAACCGCCUGUUUGGGCGCUUAUAGUAUCUCAUUUUUGCCAUAACUGGGGAACUUUCAUCUUGCUCACAUGGAUGCCUACAUACUACAACCAGGUUCUCAAAUUCAACCUCACGGAAUCCGGCCUUUUCUGUGUUCUCCCUUGGCUAACUAUGGCAGUUUCUGCAAAUUUUGGUGGUUGGAUAGCAGAUACUCUUGUCAGUAGAGGAUUAUCAGUGACAACAGUUCGUAAGGUCAUGCAAUCAAUUGGAUUCUUAGGGCCAGCAUUUUUUCUGACACAACUGAGCCAUAUCGACUCACCUGCAAUGGCAGUGUUGUGCAUGGCAUGUAGCCAGGGAACUGAUGCAUUCUCGCAGUCUGGUCUAUACUCGAACCACCAAGAUAUCGGUCCUCGAUAUGCUGGUGUGCUACUUGGUCUUUCUAACACAGCUGGGGUUUUAGCUGGUGUAUUUGGCACAGCAGCAACAGGAUACAUCUUGCAGCACGGUUCUUGGGAUGAUGUCUUCAAAGUAUCCGUUGUGCUUUAUCUGGUUGGAACUUUGGUCUGGAACCUAUUCUCCACCGGCGAAAAAAUUAUUGAUUGAUGUCUGUAUAUAGUCUCUGCCUUACAGUUCCAGAUGGAAAGUACAUAACAGUUCUGUAGCUGGUGUCUGGUCAGAUGAAAAUUGCAUCUCGAUCAACAGCCGCAUUCCAUGUGAAGCUCAACUCCUUGCAGAAAAAAAACUGCAGACUGCAAAUUUUAGCACGCAGCAUUGGACAGGCAGUUAUUGGCUUUAGCCACAAAUGUUCCAAUUUCGCAUGAUUCAGGAUCUUCGCACAAUUUUGAUGAGUCGAGCAAUUACCAGCAGCCAGUUUUAUAGGACUCUUUUAAGUAUAGGUAUUCUGUACAGCUUAGCAGAAGAAUUCAACAUCCAUCAUACACCUAUAGUAAUUUUUACUUGUUACACAAUUUUCUUGAACAGCUUUUUUUUCUCUGUAAAGUGUAGUUAACAAGUUUAGAAACUCGGGAAUCUCCUCUGAUUCUUGUGAAUCUAACUGUUUGAUAUAUGGCCCUUAGCAUUCGAUGAGCAUGGUUCCAUCAACAAUUUGUAUGAUAUGUAUUCCCAAGUAUAAUUGUCCAUACUUGUAU